AAGCGGCAUAAGUGAUCUAAAGGGAGAGACGAGAGAAUGCGUAAAGAAUAAUAGUGGGAAAGAUUAAUAUGAUGGAGAAUUAUUUGACACCGGGCUAUCGGUUCUAUCCAACAGAAGAAGAGUUGGUUCAGUUCUAUUUGCAAAAGAAGCUAGACGGAAUGAAAGCGGACCUCAACCAGCUCUUGGACAGGGUCAUCCCGACCUUGGAUAUCUAUGAGUUCAAUCCAUGGGACCUCCCACAAUUUGCAGGGGAGCUGUGCCAAGGAGAUACCGAGCAGUGGUUCUUCUUCAUCCCGAAGAAAGAGAGCGAGGCUCGUGGAGGCAGACCGAGGCGCCUCACGACUUUUGGGUACUGGAAGGCAACUGGAUCUCCAGGAUGGGUCUACUCUUCCAGCAAUCGGAUUGUAGGGCUUAAGAGGACCAUGGUUUUUUACGAGGGAAGGGCUCCCAAUGGCUCCAAGACAGACUGGAAGAUGAACGAGUAUAAAGUCCUUGAUGGGGUGCUGGCCGAUCAUGAUUUAUGCAAUGACUCAUCGAUGAUUCCACAGCUAAGGCAAGAAUACAGUUUGUGCCGAGUGUACAAAAAAUCGAAGAUCCAGCGGGCAUUUGACCGAAGGCCAACUGCUGCCGGUGGAAGCUCAAGUUAUCAGCUUCCAGGACAAGGGCUAGCUAGUGGUGAUCAUCUCAAUUACGAGGAGACCACAACAAUACUAUCUAAUCAUGAUCAUGAUCAUCCUCAUCAUCAUCAUCAUCAGCAACAUCAGACGACAUGCAAUAACGAUAUUAAUCUUUCACCAGAGGUGGAGAGGACGACAACAUUGAUCGAUUCAUCAUCACCAAAUAGUUCUUCAUCUUCUGGAGAGGUUGGCCGUAGAGGUCGAAUAUCGGGUAGCUCCGGCCAUGAUGCAGUGAUGCUCCCUAUUGGCUGUAGUGUUCCGUUGUGGGAUUGGAUCAACAACUAAAUUGGUUCCAGCUAGAGGAAUGCUAAUUGAUUCGAAGCUGACUCAAUUAAUCUGUCGAACUGCACUUAAGAAAUUUUAAGAGUUUCCAGGCAAGAAGAUUAGUAUUAGAAGGUUAAUUUAAUGGAACUAUAUCACUUGUUGACAAUGAAUUUAUGUAAGUCAUUCGUAUCGAACGUGUGAUUAUGUAUGUAAGAUUAAUUACUUAUUGGAAUCAUAUAGGGGUAUCUUACUUUGUUGA